AUGGAAGAGGAACAACGUGUACAUACGACUUAUAUCCCCACUAAAGGGACAACUCGUAAUGUUAUGGUUAUUAAAAGUUAUGCCACAAUAGUUGGGGAUGUACAACACAUUUUAGGUAACCAUUCCAAAGUUCAGCAUAUAUCCAAAGAUAGGGGCACAUCCUCUACGAAGGGAGACAAUGUGAAU